AUGACGGGAAAGUCCACCUCUCACCAAUCGUCGUCGGCGUCAAUUCUAACCAUGGACAAGCGGUCCAAAUCAGAGCAAUUUCGCAAGAGGAAGAACAACUUCUUUCGUCGGGGUUACGACAUUGGAGUGGCCUGCGACACGGAGGUUUUCAUCCUCUUCAAGAGGAACGGCAAAUUCUAUACGUUCGCAAACACGGAGGAACUAGAAUGGCCAACCAAGGAAGAUAUCCAACGCAAUCUAGUCCUUUGCAAAACAGCUGCGGACUAUGAAAGUAAAUCUCGGACGAAGAAGAAAGCUUCUAGAGCAAACGCAACCACCUCAUGUUCAUCAAACGCUUCUGAGGAUAUAGAUACAUCUACCUUGCCCUUACUUGGAAUCAAAGCCCCAGUAUCACCACGGCUAGAUUCACCGUCCCACUACAGGGUGGGAGGUUGGAAGGACUUCAUAGCAUCCCUAACUCGCUGA